GCGAAUGCGAGAGGGGAUUUAAAUGUGACAAAUAUCGUCCUCGUUACUUGACGGGAAAGGUAUUAUCUUAUUUAUUGUGCAGUCGAACGUAAUCUACUCCUACCGUUGUUUAACGAGCAUUCUAACAUCGACGUUAGCAAGCUUGUAAUGUCGGCACUUGGACUUGUUUUCCCCUCCAGACCCCGCGUCCUGUUAGCUUUGGGCUAGCUGGAAAAAUCUAAAUUAUGCAAAUGACCGAGCAGGUAUAGUUCGCCAACGCGAAGGGGUGUAACACUACUACAUAGAAUAGGCUACCAGUCGUAUUUUAGUUGGAGUUUAUUCACAAAUUAAUGCUGAUAAGUUAGUUUCUCCACCAGCUAUGCAGGCUGCUGGUUUCCUUUAGUUUGCUAACCUACGACAGCAAGCCAUCUUGCUUGUGUUGAGGAUUUAAGUAUUUAACUUCGCAAGCUCUUGGUGGCAGAAAGCGAUCAAUAUUAACUUCAGUUGUACGUGUAUAUGUACGUCGUUAAUGGACUCAUCCCGACAGGACUAACGACUUAAGCACUUUAUUUUCCUGUGGAAAGCCUGCCAGUGUUGCUCUGCGAAAAGACAAUAGAGAGCCCGAGACUUGCUCGGCUGUUGUUCUGGCAAGAACAUUGUGUUUUGAUUUAAUCUUUCGUUUAACCGCAAGCUGAUAUCGACAUAGUAUUUUUUAUUUAUUAAAUACGUAUGUACGCGGUAAGAAUAAAUAUCCGUGAAGUUGACCCGCACGGAUCGCUUCGGGGCAGCUGAUGGUGCUCUUGCGACAUACGAGGGCUGCGCUUCCCUGAACGCGCUGUUUUCAGCUGCCUCGUCUCAUUAUAUUAUUACAACAACAGCUUUAAAUGCCUCAGAAAACACUCGCGGCAGCCGGUCGUCAUCAGCGGUAGAAGCGGUCGAACAGGAAGGCUCGUGCCCGUUUCUCUCUCCAGCCCACCUCCAACACGUCCAUCCCCCACCGCCCACCACGGCCAUGGACCCCCCGAGGACCCGGUCGCGGUCUCGGUCCGGCUUCUAUCAUUUCGGCAUGAGCGGCAACGUUGGAAGCAACGGCAGCGGCAACGCUGUUGGCAACGGGGGCUUGAUGACCGCCAGCGGAGGAGGGCUGAGCUACGCGCAGCAGAGCAACCCCGGCUGGGCGCCGCACCACGGUGGUCACAGCUACCCGGAGAGCCAGCAGCAGCAGCAGCAGCCGCACACCCAGGGGAGCUACCUGUCCGCAGGGGCGCAGCGCCACCCUACCCACGGAGCUCACAGACACCCCGGGGCCGGAGAAGUGCUACAUUUCCAUCCAGAUAAUGUGUGCAGCGAGGAUUGGGACAAAAUGGAAGAUAGCCCAAGCCCGAAAAGGCAGCGUCUUUCCCAGCAGGCCAUGUUGGAUCUAAGCACCGCCCCUCCUUCAACUCCUUCCUCUCCCAUUCGCCCAUGGGAGUUGCCGCCGAGUCGCAGACCACCCCCCCACUACAUGCCAGAAAGAUGCCACACGCCUGUUCGCAACCGCCGCAGCCCUCCAAUGAGACGCCAGCGUGGCCGGAGAGACCAUCUGACCUGCCACCAGCACCACCAUGCCCACAACAACAACAACAACCACCACCAUUACAACAACAGCAACAACAAUAAUCAUCACCACCACCACCACCAUCACCACCCCAACACCCAUCAUCAUCACCACCACCAUCUGCUCUCUCACCACGGCCCGUCGACAGGCCACCAGGAUGAGAACUACCAUCACCCGGCCCCCCCUCAGGGCUACCCACCUUUCAGCCAGCAACCCCCCCGUGGGCUGGGGCCCGGGCUCGAAGAGCGACCAGGUCACCAUCCCCUAAACCCCUCACCGAGGCCCCUCCACCAUUCACCGAACCUGUCUCCCAGGCUGCUGCACCCUGUGGUCCAUCCACAGCACCCACACCCACAUGCCCACCCACCCCAGCAGAGCAGCAUGGUGCUGGACCUCCAUGAGCAGGGUUCAGCUCCAGUAUCGUAUCCCGUGUCUCCUCCGGGAGCGCCACCAGGCCUGCCGCCUCGCUCCACUCCUCAGCAGAUCCCAGCAUGCUCCGUAGUCUUCAGUGGACAGCACUAUCCCGUAUGCAGUGUUCCUCCUGUCCUUCAGACUUGCUCUGUGCAGCACUUACCCAUGCCCUACCCGUUCCCAUCAUUGCUGUCCAGUGACUCGGCCUUCCUGCUUCCCCCACCUCACCUUUCCCACCCCCCAGCACACCUCUCCCACCACCCAACUCACCUGCCACAGCCUGGACAGUUCGGACCCUAUCCGACGCAGCAGGCCCGAUCGCCGCUUCAGAGGAUAGAGAACGAUGUGGAGCUUCUUGGAGAACACCUGUCUUUGGGUGCUGGGCUCCACUAUCCUCCUGCCACCCACCCUGCCCUCACACCACACUCCACCCAGCUUCACUUUCUCUCCCACGAUCCUCUGCCACAAGAAUUCUUCGGAGUGUCCUAUCCAAACUUUAUUCCUCGGCGUCUCCCGGGGCGACGGUACCGAUCACAACAGCCACUGCCACCUUCGCCUUACCACCCCAGCCUCCUGCCUUACUUCCUUUCAAUGCUGCCAGUCCAGCCCACAGGCCCUGCGAUCAGUCUAGAGCUGGAUGUUGAUGAUGGCGAAGUAGAAAAUUACGAGGCCCUCCUGAACCUCGCUGAACGUCUGGGAGAAGCCAAACUCCGAGGACUGACUAAGGGAGACAUCGAACAGCUUCCUUCCUAUCGGUUCAAUCCAAAUAAUCAACAGUCUGAACAAACGCUCUGUGUGGUGUGUAUGAGUGAUUUCGAGUCCCGCCAACUGCUGCGAGUCCUGCCCUGUAGCCACGAGUUCCACGGGAAAUGUGUCGACAAGUGGCUGAGGGCCAACAGGACGUGUCCCAUUUGUCGGGCCGACGCCUCGGCGGUCCAGAGAGACUCAGAGUGACCACAAGAGGGAGCCACAUCCUCCGAAUUGUCUGUCAAACACGUUCAGCACGACCUGCUCCAAUAUAUUGAUACACAUAUACGUGCUUACACACAUACACCACUUCCUUGUGUUUUUGUGCAGCACUUUCUGCUACUUUGUUAUCCUUUCAAUCUUUAUCCCUUCUCCCUUAUUUUUGAUCUGAUUAAAUUCCCUCUUCAACAAUAAUUUCUUUUCACAUUAAUGAAAGCUGUCAUAUCUUUUUCGUGAAUUUCACCCUGCCUGACCACUAAUCUGCUGUGAUGUGGAUCUGUGUGUGUGUGUGUGUACACGUGCAUGCACCACAACUGUGCAAGCGUUGUUUGGUCAGCCCUGUAAUGCUGGGCUGUGGUACGUGUGUGUGUGUGUCUGUCUGUAAGAGAGAGAGAUUUGUAGAUGUCCUGGAGCAUGCCUGAGUUUCUGUCAGACAAGGGUAAAGACAUGAGAGUGUUUCUGCUCUCAUGAGUGACUGACUUUACUUCCUGUUUGUACGUUUUAUGUGUGUGUGUGUGUGUGUGUGUGUGUGUGUGUGUGUGUUAGACAUAAAUCCUUUUUGUCUCGUUUGACAGUAAGGGUACAUGCGGCCACUAUAUUUCUUGGUUGCCUGUUUGAUCCAUUUGUUUCAGUAGAGGAUUAUUAUUAUUAGUAUUAUUACUCAACCAUUAUAAGUGAUUGUUUUCCUGCCUGGCAGUUACCUCAUCAUUCCGGUUUUCAUCUUUCAUUACAAACGCUUCACAGUACUACUUUAAAAUUAAGCACAUUAUAUAUAUUUUUUCUUUUCCUUUCUUUUCUUCGUAAAAAUAAUUUUGUCUGUGAAUUUUGCGGUGGCACAUGUGUUACAUAUAUACAUAUAUCUAUAUAUACUGUAUAAAUCUCUGAAUAUCUGUAUUCCAAAUAAAAUGCUUGAUAUGAACUUUUUAAACUUA